UUGUUUGGUUUGGCGUUUUCUUCUGUUGCGCAUUCAUGGCUAGCGGGAGGUGUUGUGUCAAAGGCUUUGUAGCACCCUAGCGUCGUCUGCGCCGAUCGCCUAGCCCUCGUGCCAACUAGCUCGUGGGCGGAGAGGGUGUGUACAUUCGUGUAGACGCUCGCCCGCGGAGAGAGGUAUGUACAUUACCUGAAGUUCAAGUUGGUGGUUAAUGUACAUGUUUAACGGAGCGAGUAUGAUCUCAGUACUGUAUUUCUAUUUCUAUGGGCGUGUCCGAACCCAGUUGGAGGGUGGGUCACAGUGUGGAAGUUAUGGAGCAAUUUUGCGUAAUGGUUGACGGUCAUCUGCGUACAGUUUGCGGCGUUACAUUGGAAACGACGUGUGACGAGCUUGUAUGUGCACUAUGCCAAGCCACGGGCAAACGCUACGACGACGUUAGCUAUAGAAUUUACGAAGUUUGGCGAACUUUUGAACGACUGGUAGGUCUUGACGAGUCUCUCUUGGAACUGCGGGCGGAGUGGGGCGACUACGAGAGUGACGUGACAUUUGUUAUGAAAAUUCGUAAAGAGAUACAUGCACCUCUAGGACUCUGUUUGCCACAUGUAAAUGCUUCUCGGCUUACAAGGCGGGGUUAUAGGCAGGGACUUCGCAAUAGCAUCUCCAAGGUUUUGCCUUGCAAACUUCAAAUAAAGAAACUUCGUGUUCAGGAAGGAAAACUAAAAAAUCAGACGUGCGAAAUAAGAAGUUUGGAACGUGAGCUGGCUUUUCUGCAGGAUGCAGUGGACAGGUUGCAUCUCACCGACGAAGAACAAAGGGAUUUGUUCGAUCUUCGAGCCGUCUUUGCCAAACAACAGAAUGAACUGGAAGAAUUAAGGUUGUGGGAACAGCAGCUUGACGUGCAGACUAAGGAAAAAGAGACGUAUGAUCGAGAAAUUGAGCGACUCAAGGACGAUGUGGGUAUGAAACAAAAGGAGCUGACACGAUACCAAGAAGAUGAAAAGCGUCUCCUCGCGGAAGUGAAGGCUUCAGCGAGGAAAUAUCGAUCACUAGAACGGAUUGCUGGCGAAAUGGAAAUAGAUAUGAAGCUUAAGCAAUUGAAAGAUGAACUAGAGGAGCGUAUGAAGGCAAAUGCCAAAGAGGCUGUGAAGAUGAAAGAGGCACGGUUAGCACUGGAAGAGACGGAGCGGUCGAUCCAAGAGCGCCAACAGUACAUAGAGUAUCUCAACAAACAGAUUAGUGACAACAAAUCAGGUCAAACACUCAACACAGAAGAGUCGAACAGCAGUGCUAGUGAUGUGGUAACUGUCAACAGCAACAGUCUAGGCACAGGAAGUGACCAUGAUUCAUUAGUCUCUUUCUUUGAAAGCAGCUCAUGGGAGAAUGAUGAAGGUAGCUAUGUUUAGUUAAUCAGUAGUCAGUAUAUCUUCUCCGCGUGUCUGUCAA